AUGCCCGAUGGAGGUGCAUCUGAGCAGCCUGAGGCGCUCUUGCUGAAUUACAACCCAUUGGCGAAGGCCGCUGUCGCACACUUUGGCGACUGCAUCGAGGGCGGCAUGACGAAGAAGCAGAUAAUGUUGCAGCUGCAGAGCGUUUGCGCCACCUACGCUUGCCAGGGAGUGAAGCGGAACGCUGGCUUGACAAACAAGAAGAGUAAACAGAAAGCUGCGACCCACGCUUACAAGACAAUCGUGGUUCCCGGUUUUUUGG